AUGUCCGAGGAAGUGAUAACGGAGAACAACGUUGUCCCACCGGAAGGGGAUGUGGCCAAGGAACUCUAUGAGAGAGCUCUGGCAGGGUAUCGACCGAAACACGGCAAGAGGAUAGCAAAGGCUUAUCGGGCGAAGGGGGAGGAAAAUGAGGACGCUGAGGUGACCCCGACCGGAGUCCAUGAUCCAAGUCUCACAUACGCCGAGACUACCCUCACGCCGAUGCGGGGCAUCAUGGCCGCUGUCGUAGAUAAGGUUGGCGUGGUAUCGGGCAGUACGUGUUUUUUGGACAUAGGCUCUGGUGUUGGUACGGCUGUGCUCGCGGCCUCAUCUUGUCACAAGUUCAGAAAGGCAGUCGGGAUCGAGUGUGUGCCACAGCUGGUCGCCAAGUCGAAUGAACUCAGAGAUUCGUUUCUUUCGAAUCUGCUGCCGCCCAGUGAAGAGGACGGGGAAGCAGCGUGUGAGUCUACAAUGCCUGAAGUUACCUCAAAUGUGGAGUUCAUUGAAGGGGAAGCUUUCGAGGAGAUCACCAAGCUCUUGGAGGAUGCUUCGGAAUUCCUGGAUCGCUCCCCGGCACCAGCUGAAGGGUCAUCGGAAGAGGCAGAAACACCCGAGGGGGAGGAGGGUUCUGGAAAUGAUGUCUCUUGCGACGAAGCGGAGGGACAAGUCGUGAAGCCCGAAUGCCCACUCAUCAUUUACUGGCUGAGCACUUGUUUCAGCGACGACCUUGUGCAAGCGAAGGCAAUCUCUCUGGCGAAGACUACCCCCAAGAAUACGGUCCUUGUUCUGGUGACACACCUACUUCGAAGGGAUGCCGCUCUGGCGUGGGGCCUCGAGGCCGAAAUUGAAAUGGAAUUCGACUGGGGUAUGGGGACUGUCUUCAUUUAUCGCAAUGUUAGUGAGGAAAGCCCCAACGAGCAGGUUGACAAUAGUUCUUCGUAG